AUGUUUAACAUGUUACUACACAUAAAAAACCUAUCGUUAUCUGUUACUUCAAGAAUGACAACUAAUAAUGAUGUACCAAUGUUAAUAUGUCAGUUAUUAAAUGUAAAACCUUGGAUAAAGUUGGAAAACGAUAAAAAAUAUAUUUUUCAAGAUAAUUCAUGGAAAAUAAUGGAUGAAAAAGAGAAUAUUAUACCGAAACAAGAAGCUCAUUUAUGGUUAAGUCUACACGAAUUUUUCACAUCGGAACAACUACGUAACAGUUAUGAAAUCACUCAAUUUCGGAAAAAAAAUCUUAUGCAGUUACAACACUUACUCAAUGAUUGCCUUCUGGAUCAAAUUCCCCCAUUGAUACAUUUAAAACAAUGUUUGUAUCAGUUGAGUUUAACAGAAGUUUCAACAGUACAUAAACGACCUCUUAUUAUAGAAUUAAAUGCAGAAGUAAGAUAUUAUAAAUAG